UUGUAGAGUCGGUCGGCGCGUUGCGAAAUUUGGUGAACUUGUAUCAGUUUUCUAGUUUUAACAGCUUUCGCGGGGGUUCCUUAAAUAGCGUGUAUAAACAUCAACACAUCUUCGUGUCUAGCCAAGAAAACCGACCUUUUUAAUUAUCGCACUGUCGGCAAUUGUUUUUUUGCUAAACGUCAAUUGUCAUCAAUUGAUCCCAAUUGUGGGGAUAGAAUUCCGGGCAAAUCGAAGCGUCGUGGGACAAUCUCAGUCGAACACGUGUUUUUGAAGAAGAAUGUAAUGCUACAAUUAUUUUUAAAACCAAAUUGUUGCCAAGAGCAUAAUAUACAUUCAGUGUCUAUAGGUGCUAGGUGGCGUUAUGACAAAACAUAGAAACGGUGUGACUUCUGCUGUGGUAUGGGCAGGAAGCGAUAUUAUCGUACAAGUAUGUCCACUGGAUGAAGAGCAAUUUAUCGAUGGUCAGUGAGUUACGCAUGAUUGGAUUUCAUUGAGGGACAGGGAGAGGAUUUUGAAAGGGCGUUAGAAAGUACAGGUUUUGGGAAGUUUCAUUUCACUCUGCUCACAGUAUGUGGCCUUAUAUACUUGAACACCGCCAUUGGAAUAACUAUUAUUUCAUUUGUUCUCCCUUCAGCGACAUGCGAUUUUCAGAUGUCUUCUUCAGACAAAGGCUGGCUCACUGCGGCCCCCAUGCUUGGUAUGGUCAUAGGCUCCUACUUUUGGGGAUGCUUAGCUGAUACAAAAGGCAGAAAAACAGUAUUAAUAGGUGCCUUGAUCAUGGAUGGGAUCAGUGGAAUAUUAUCUAGUAUGUCACAAGUAUACUGGCUCUUCAUGUUAUUCAGAUUUUUCAACGGUUUCGCGAUCACAGGUGCUAUGGGAAUAUGUUUUCCCUAUUUGGGAGAAUUCCAACCAGGAAAAUAUCGCGAAACAAUUUUGUGCUGGAUGGAAUUAUUUUGGACUCUUGGAGUGAUAUGUCUACCAGGUAUUGCUUGGAUUAUAAUUCCUAUGGAAUUCACUUAUGAAACGGAGAAUUUCAAGUUCGCAAGUUGGAAUCUUUUCGUAGCCGUCUGCUCAUCUCUGAGUCUUUUCAUCGGUAUGUGGCUUUGCUUCUUCCCUGAAAGUCCCAAAUUUUUGUUGGAGUGUGGGGAACCAGAUGAAGCACUGGAAGUGCUUCGCCAAAUGUACGCUGCAAAUACUGGGGAUGACCCAGCAUCAUAUCCAGUUUUGAGUUUGAGGGAGAAGGUGAGAACCAUGAGCGUUGUUUCCCAGCAGUCUUCGAGAAGUAUCAGAAGUUUGAGGAUCAGAAAACCAAAAGAACUCAGAAUGUUAUUACGAGAAAUUUGGGAGCAGACAAAAGCUCUGUGUAAACCGCCUCAUUUACGCUACACUAUCAUUACUUGUCUCAUUCAGUUUGGAUUGACUACAAGCUAUUACACCUUGAUGAUUUGGUUCCCUGAACUGUUCAACCGAUUCGAGGAAUUCGAAUCUUUGCAUCCUAACGAAAGUGCAUCAGUCUGUGAAGUGUCAUCCGUAGUGUUGCCUACAACGAACGGAACAGUGAUAGAUGAAGAAUUCUGCGGUCAACCUAUCAGUGAUAACGUCUUCUUCCACACAAUCAUUAUAGGAAUUGCUUGUAUUCCUACCAGUUUUUGGUUACCGCUCUGUGUUCAUAGGCUCGGAACUAAAUUCUUUUUAGUUUUUAGCUUGCUAGUGGCAAGUGCUGUUACAAUGGGCCUCUACUUCGUGAAUUCAUCCUUAUCUAAUUUGGUGCUAUCUUGUAUCUUCGAAGCCUUGACCAGUCUUGGCAUAAGUACAGUUUAUUGCGUAUUAGUGGACCUAUUCCCUACAAAUUUGAGAGUCAUGGCAGCAGCAUUAUCUCUAACAUGUGGUAGAGGUGGAGCCUUGAUGGGAAAUUUGCUCUUUGGAUUCCUGAUCGAUCUAAAUUGUGUGGUGCCAGUGGUUAUUUUCUCCUUGAUGCUUUUUGCCAGUGGACUGCUAUGCCUUCUGCUACCCAAUACAGGAAAAGGUGCAUUGGAGUGACACCCCUUGUUUCAGUUUAGAAAUGAUAAAUUAAUAAAUAUUUGUGAUAAUUGUAUAGAUUACAACCUACUUUGGAAUAUUGAUAGCUUACUCUUAUUCUCAUUUUGGACUUCAUGUCUUAUUGGUCUAGUAAUAUUCAUAGCUGUGUACAUUAGAUCAGUGUUUAUUUUUAUUUAUUUAUUAGUGUAUACUAUUUUUAAGUCUAUUUAUUAGUAUUUAUUUUUUUAAUUCGUGAUGAGGUAGAAAGCCUAUGAACCAUCGACAAAUUCAAUUUUAAUAAGAGAUUGCAGAUGAUAUCAGAAUUGAGGUUGGAUAAUUCACAUUCAGCGACAAAACGAAAAUAGAGAAUGAUGAGACAUCAAGAGCAAAAAUGAUAUCUAUUAACUUGCAGUAUUAUAUAUAGGGUGAUAACGAUGAUAACCAGACUGUGACUUUCAGGUGUUAUUGAAGUUUUUGUAAGAAUUUUGUAGCAGUUACAUUCCCCUUAAACUAAGUUGUAUAUAUAUAGGACUAAACAACAAAAUGAGUGAUUAAGCCCGAGUAGCUCCAUCAUUAGAUGAAGUUGAUUAUUAAAUUCGAGUUUUCGAUGGUCCAUUGGCUAAGAUAGAAUUUUAUUUGAAUUGUUGACUUCGAGCAACAUAUUUUAAACAUAUCUUCAUUGGAGUAUUGAAUUAGGUUUGGAAAUUGGCCUUUCUAUUUCUUCUCGAAAAUUUAGUAAGGUUCAGUUUUAACGAUAUAGGGUAUUGCUGGUACCAUUGAAUAUUUUAAGAUAGAGAAAAAUUGGGACCAAAGUGAAUGAAGAUAAUCCAAAAAGAUGUGCCUAACAACUUAUAUCUUCAGUUUGAAUUAUCUUCGAGAUGAAUCCAUCUUGAGAGGAUGUAUGAAAUUUGAAGCAGUCUUUCGAAUUUUAUAACAUCAAAUUUUGAUUCUCGAACAGCUAUGUUUAGUGUAUAUCCAUACUGACAAAAUGAAUUUCGGGUUAUUCACUGUACAGAAUAUUAUCUGAUUGAAAAAUUAUGUUGUAAGGAUUUUAGUUGAACUGUUCUUAGUCUCUGAAGCACAAGUAUGUGGUUAAUACAUUGAAUGUUGAAUAUAAA